AUGAGAAACUCAAACAACAAAUCAGUACAUGUGAACAAAGCAGCGGUGUCGAUCACCUCGACACUUUAUGACCGCAGAGCAUUAGACUGCACAGAGGACAAGCCCCUCGUGAACUCGCUCAACCACUUGACAUUCUUGGCGUCGUCAUCCGGGAAGGUGCGGCAGGCAUUGUCACAAGAUGGAGGGCUUGAGAGGCUUGUUGACAUUCUUUACGAAUGCCGAAAUCCGCAGACCGAGGCCCAGAAGUGCAUUUAUGCGUGGAAGUGGGUGCUUGCCUUCCAGUCUUUGGUGCUAGUGGGCACGCGGGGCACCGAGAAGAUGCGGCGGAAGGUCGUGCAGGCCGGUGUGCUUCCGAUAAUAGCGACGAUUCUUGAUAAUUACCUGAUAACGCAGAAAAUGGACUGGGUAACCGAGUUUUCGUCCCGGGGUUCGACUGCAGGGAUGGCAAUGGGUGGCCCUAUGCCUAUCGCGGGUCCCGGGCCUGCCCCAGUGGCUUCUACCGGGCCCACCUUGCAGAAUGAGCCCGAUAACAUCAACGUCGAUACGGACUCAGACACGGCGGUCAACGACGGAAUAACAGACACACAGGUAAAUACAGUUUUCAGGCAGGUCCGCAGCCUCCUGGAGCAGGCUAACCAGACCAUCAUGGAGGCCCGGGCGGAAAUUGGCAAGCAGGGAUGCGAAAAAUCGAACUUUUCCGCUUUUCCCAGCUCCCACACUCGGCUGGACGGCGAAUACGGCCGAAUCAGGGGCUGCCUACGCUUCCUGCAGCUGCUGGACCGACUGUGUGAGCCCGGUGGGCCUGCCGCGGCUUCCGAGUACCCGGAUCUUGUUCGUGACACUAGUUUUGCCGGCCAUAUGGCAGGUUGCCAGGAUGUUUGCAACUUGUUGAAGCUGAGCACCGCCUGGACCGGAUGCCUGCCCUUUCUGGAACACUUUGAGGAGAAGCUGAACCAGUCGGUGCCGCGGGAGUUCGAGUCUGGUGUACUGGUGCCUAAGGAGGACGAUGUGAUCUGGUCGUUGCAGCUUUUGGCCUUCGUGUCCAAGUACACGAGCCUGCGGUACGAGAUGGCCAACAAUUACAUUGUGAGUGGUCUUUCUCUGCGGAGUGGCAACCUGCCUCCGCCUCUUGAGCCGGACUCCGGCCUGCCUCAGGCCGAUGAUCUGGUCUUCAACGACUGCGAUUACUUCCACUUUGUGAGUGACACGCCGCCCGAAAACCCGUUUGUGCUUUUUCCUGGUUUUCGCAACUCUGGUUUUGGAGAAGCUGGUUCUUCUUCGGUGUGCGGGUGUGAUUGUGAUGGAGUAUCUCAUGAUUGUCAAUGCGAUUCAUCAAAUAGUCGGUCUAUUUCAAAUGGUCAGUCUAUUUCAAAUUGUCAGUCUAUUUCAAAUGGUCAAUGCGAUUCAUCAAAUUGUCAGUCUAUCCCUAAUCACCAAUCCACAGUUUCUCUGCCUUCCCUCCACCAACACGCAGACUUACUCAACUCGUACGACUCCAUCCUCAACGAGCAAAACCCCUUCAUCGAGGCAAAAAAACUAGAGAAACUCACCGUGGAUGCCGCCAGAUAUGCCCACCGGCAAUACCGCCGGCUUAGAAUCAAGAAUAGGCAGGUGCACCAAGACUCACUCGCCCGGUAUGCCGUCCGCUGGGACUAUGAAACCAGCUGGGAUGAACUUGCUACCCCAGUCUCUCAGUCUGCCUGUAUCGAUGAACAAAUUAAACCCAUCCGGAGAGUCAACAUCUUCCCGCUGGUGGAAAAAUUCACCGUGCGACAUCUCUACAGCCGAGAUAUCAACUACUGGUCAUCGGUUAUCGUCCGCAAUUACAACAGAAAGGACGAAACCAAGGGGGGUCGUAGGCAGUGUGCUUAUUUUGGCUGCCGCAAGUGGGAGCAGGACCCUCGGCAGUUUGCCAAGUGCAGAAGAUGCAAAAGAGCAAAGUACUGCUCAAAGGAGUGCCAGAGCAAGGCCUGGACUUACCACAAGUACUGGUGCAAUGCUGUUGGCUCAACCUCGACCGAGGGAAACUCUUCCUCUUCCAGCCACCACCACUCACACCAGAAUCCGCGUGACUCCACUCCUGUGACCAGCGAAAACUCACAAUCUGGAAGCAGCCGAAGUGAGAGCGAGACGUCGUCUGAUGUGAUAAAUGCUCCAAGGUUGCCGACUGGUUUUUUUGGCUGA